GCCUCUACCCUCGGUAGCCGAAGGGUUGGAAGAAACAACCGAGAAAGAGGGGGGGGGGAAAGGGCGACCGCGCAUGCGCCUCCGUCUGUUUCCUAUACCCGACCUUGCAAACAGACAACGGCGGGCUGGGGUGCAGAGCGGGGUCGGAAUGAUGCCGGGUAGGAAGUGAAGUUAGCGCAGCCGUCCUGCGAGCGGCAGGAUACCUCUCCCCAUUCCUCAGGAGUAAUGGACAGGUAACAGGAUAUUGUUCUGCUGUGGUGCCAGUGAGUAAGAAUGACAGAGUGCUUCCUGCCUCCCACAAGCAGUCCCAGCGAACACCGCAGGGUAGAGCAUGGUGGAAGUCUUGCCAGGACCCCAAGCUCUGAAGAAAUCAGCCCAACCAAAUUCCCUGGCUUAUAUCGCACGGGUGAGCCUUCACCACCUCAUGACAGCCUCCAUGAACCUCCUGAUAUUGUAUCUGAUGAUGAGAAAGAACAUGGGAAGAAGAAAGGAAAAUUUAAGAAAAAGGAGAAAAGAACCGAAGGUUAUGCAGCUUUUCAGGAAGAUAGCUCGGGGGAUGAAGCUGAAAGUCCUUCCAAGCUAAAACGCUCUAAAGGGAUUCAUGUUUUUAAGAAGCCAAGUUUCUCCAAAAAGAAGGAAAAGGACUUUAAGAUAAAAGAAAAACCCAAAGAUGACAAGCAUAAAGAUGACAAGCACAAGGAAGAGAAGCAUAAAGAGAAGAAAUCAAAAGACUUGACAGCAGCAGAUGUUGUUAAACAGUGGAAAGAGAAGAAGAAAAAGAAGAAAACAGUUCAGGAGAUGGAAAUGCCACCGGUGGAUGUUCCUAGGCACAGGCCUGUGUUCGGAGUCCCUUUGAGCGAUGCAGCAGAGAGGACCAUGUUGUACGAUGGCAUCCGCCUACCAGCAGUUUUCCGGGAAUGUAUAGAUUAUGUAGAGAAAUACGGCAUGAAAUGCGAAGGCAUCUACAGAGUUUCAGGAAUUAAAUCAAAGGUGGAUGAGCUAAAAGCGGCGUAUGACCGAGAAGAAUCCCCCAACCUAGAGGACUAUGAGCCCAACACAGUAGCUAGCUUGUUGAAACAGUACCUGCGUGAACUUCCUGAAAACCUGCUAACCAAAGAGCUGAUGCCUCGCUUUGAAGAUGCUUGUGGGAAGAGCUUGGAGGCCGAGAAACGGCAGGAGUGCCAGCGCCUCCUGAAAGAGCUACCAGAAUGUAACUUUCUCUUGAUUUCCUGGCUGAUUGUGCACAUGGACCAUGUCAUUGCAAAGGAGUUAGAAACAAAAAUGAACAUCCAGAACAUUUCCAUAGUGCUCAGCCCAACUGUCCAGAUCAGCAACCGUGUCCUUUAUGUGUUUUUCACUCACGUACAAGAGUUCUUUGGAAAUGUGGUCCUCAAACCAGUAACAAAGCCUCUUCGGUGGUCUAACAUGGCAACCAUGCCAGCAUUGCCAGAAACACAGGAAAGCAUUAAAGAAGAGAUCCGAAGACAGGAGUUUCUUUUGAACUGUUUGCACCGAGACCUUCAGGUAGGGAUUAAAGAUUUAUCCAAAGAAGAAAGAUUAUGGGAAGUGCAAAGGAUUUUGACAGCUCUCAAAAGGAAGCUAAGAGAAGCUAAAAGACAAGAAUGUGAAACAAAGAUUGCACGAGAAAUUGCUAGUCUUUCAAAGGAGGAUGUUUCCAAAGAAGAAAUGAAUGAAAAUGAAGAAGUUAUAAAUAUUUUGCUGGCUCAGGAGAAUGAGAUUUUGACAGAACAAGAAGAGCUGCUAACAAUGGAACAGUUCUUGCGUCGACAAAUUGCGUCUGAAAAGGAGGAAAUAGAUCGUCUCCGAGCAGAAAUAGCAGAAAUUCAAAGUCGCCAGCAUGGUCGCAGUGAAACUGAAGAAUAUUCUUCUGAGAGUGAGAGUGAGAGUGAAGAUGAAGAAGAGCUACAGAUAAUCUUAGAAGACUUGCAACGGCAGAAUGAAGAACUAGAGGUUAAGAAUAACCAUCUGAACCAAGCAAUUCAUGAGGAGCGCGAGGCCAUCAUUGAACUGCGAGUUCAGCUUCGCCUGUUGCAGAUGCAGCGAGCCAAAACAGAGCAGCAGGUGCAGGAAGAGGAAGAGGUUGAGAAACGAGGGGGCCCAAUGCAGCAGCAGCCACCCCUGCCAAGAGACACUGUCUCAGAGACAAAAGCUAUGAAAGAGCAGCCAAAGGCAAUCCAGGAGCCAGUGAAGCCAUCUCCAAGCAAGGACAGAAAGGAAACUCCAAUUUAAUUGGAUUUCUGAGCAUUCGGAUUCUUGCCUGUGCGAAGCCAGGACUGUGCAACUUACUGUAAAUCUGUGGCUUGUAUAUUCUGUAAAUAGGUUCUCUUUUACAUUCUGGGGAUAUUUUUGUCUCCGUCCUAUACGUGUGGCUUCUGCCUAUCAGGCUCAGGUUACUUGGAAAGAUAAAGCAGUUAGAGAGAGAGACAAGGCAGGAGAGGUUACUCAGCCUGUCAGACAUUAGCUUUGGCUGAUCUUUGUGAGUUGAGGGGGUGAUGGUAUAUUUUAAAAUGAUUAUAUACUCACUGUGGAGCAGACUUUCAAAUUCUCUCAUGCAUUAUCUGUCCAAGGGCUACUUCAUACGAGAUAUUUCAUUGCACAGAUGUAGGAAAAAGUGCAUACUCUGCUGGGCGUUUUACAAUGUAUCUGGUAGUUCUUGAUCACCAGAAAUUUCAGGUAGAGGUAGAGAAGGUUGGAAUAGAGGGACAUAUUUCCCCCUCCUCUCUGUCCAUUUGGUCAUCUUUCUGGCCACACAAUAUUCAGAAGACCAUAUUUCUCUCUGAGCAGCACCAAAACCAACAGGUUGGCAGAGGAGGGGAAAGUGCUCCAUGGCCCCUCUCUGUGCCAUUUGGUAGUAGUCUAAUUUAAAAGGAAGUUUGAUAAGAAGCAUUUCCACUCUGGUUUUGAAAAGGAACUUCCUCUUAGCAUAGAGAUGGCUUUUGUGAGAUUAUUUACAAGGCUGAUACACCUCUGUCAGUCCAGAUGUCUGUUAAGUGUUUAUAGAAAAGCCACAGUUGGCACAGCAAAAUAGAUGUUUGCAAGUGUGUUCCACAGUGGUCCAUGCUUUUCUGUGUGGGGGUGAAGAAACUGUAUUGAAUGUGACUGUUGGCUAAGAAUGGGGAGAUCCAAUCCAUAUCCCAUUCAUCUACUUGCUUUGUAACUUUUUACUGUCAUUCCUCAUAAUUGUUUUUAUUCACUCUUACUUGUGCCUUUCAGUAACAAAGGAGCUUUACAAAGUAGAUGUGCCCGAAACAGUGGAAGGUCUUCAAAUGCAAAACUUUAGUAUUAUGUAACAUGUUCUUUUCAUCUGACUUUUUUAAAGCUUUAUGAAAGUACAUGUAAAACUAAGCUGAAAAGAUUGAUAAGCACAUAUCCAUAAGUCAAAGCUUAUCCACUAAGAUCUCUUGAACCCUGUCAAUGCACUUAAGUAUAAAACUGAUUAAUGGAGAAUGUCAAUUAAUUAGAAGAAAGAAUGGAAGCGCUGUGUAGGUUUAUAGCAAACCUCAUUUGCUGACCUUUCUUUCUUUCUUUCUUUCUUUCUUUCUUUCUUUCUUUCUUUCUUUCUUUCUUUCUUUCUUUCUUUCUUUCUUUCUUUCUUUCUUUCUUUCUUUCUUUCAAUAAUUUAAAGAAAUUAGUGAAUAUUGCUGUUAGCCAGCUUAAAAUCUGUAAUUGUCAAGGGCCUACAGUUUAGGGAAAGGAGUUGGGGGUGAUUUUUGUUGCACGCUUUCUUUGAUGGAUUAAGAGCACUUUGAAGUAUAGUGCAACACAGAAGUGCACCAGCCUCCAUCUGGAUCUUGGAACUGGGGUGAAUGAUAAAAAAAAACCAUAUUGGCCAUUUUAGUGAGCUUGAAAGAAGUAUUAUAUUCAGAAAGGGCUCCAAAAUUGUUCUAGAACUUGUACUGGUUUCUGGCAUAAGCGCUUUGGAGCACAGUGCAAUGGAGGGGAGAAGGUCCAUCUUUCAAGCUCUUCUUUGUGUUCACUAAAAGGCAGUCGGGAGCGUAUCUGUGAACUUUUGUGUGCUUAAAAUGGGAUGAUUCCAAAAAUAAAAAUAAAAAUUGUCAUCCUAAAGCUGGUAAUAUAUACCCAUAAAUUCAUGAUGGAAAGGUCCAGCUGCCUUAUGCUUAAUUAGUUACCAUUGCCAGCAGUGAAUUAUUACGAGUAAAUUGUGGCUUUUCAGAGCCACAUCAUUUAAAAUCCCAAUUCAAUUUGAAGUGGUUGAUGUUAAUUGAACUCCACAGGGUGCUUGUAGCUUAUUUAGUUUCUGUCUGUAAUAUUUAUUUUUUAUGUGGUGGUUUUCUUUGCCUAUUGCACUGUUGUGAAUCAUUGGCCAUGAUUUAAUGUUUGUACAAAUAACACUGAGAUGCAUUCUAAAGAACGGCUUAUUUUUUUUAAAACCUAAAAGAAAAUUUAUGGAGGUUGAUCAGAUAACAGUUGUAUGUGCAUUUUUUUUUUUUUUGGCCUGUUACAUACGUUUUAUAUUUUCUGACAGUAUUUAAACCUUUUUGUUCUGAAUUCAUACUAAUUUCUAUUACACUGUCAAACUUUUAUAAUCAAUGUUCAUCAAAUAUCUUGAUAUUGGUUAAUUUUUGUCAAGAACAUGUUAAUCAAGGAAAUAAAUUCAACAGCCAUAUGCCAAUGGUUUUAUUGAAUUAAAAAUGUUAAGAUUCACAAAUAAAUUGUUUCUCUGGCUCACAUUCAAAGCCCUGAUUCAGUAAUAAUUGGCUGAAUGAGAUGUUUGUAUUUAAUAAAUGCAGUUCUACCAAAAAAAGCUACAAGGAGCAGCAGAAGAUUACUACUUGUGGUUCUUUCUGGCCCACAUUUCUGGACUGUAGUGUGGGAUUCUUCAAUCUAAUCAAGAAUCAGAGUCACUGUCUCUGGCAGAAAAUGGUUAACUAAUGAGGGAAUGCAGUUGAAAAGAUCCUUUUUGGAUACAAAAUACCUAUUCGCAAAUUGAGUGCAAAGGAUUUCUGGAAUGGUCACAACAACCUGAUUUGAACUUGACUCAAAACAUCGUAAGCUCAAAAUGUUCUGGAUUCCAAAUGUUUUGUGCACCCCGUUGGACAGAAAGCAGCUCGGCAAUGAGACUUAAAUUGGUAUUCAUCCCCACUUCCAUCUUUCAAUUUUCUGAUAUAGAUCAGUAGAUGGGACGUUUACCCUAUCUACACUUCAAAAUUGAGUGCCCUACUGGUUUCUUCUGCCAUCAUAAACUGGUUUAUGUUGUCCAAGUCUGACAGCAGAAUCCGUUUUCCACAUUUCAAAUUUUUAUGUGCUGCUUUUGUCAUGGCAGAAUGAUCUGGAAGAGAACAACAAUCUUGUUGCUGUUUCGUCCAGUUUCUGAAGGUAGCCUGUAUUUUCAUUAG